GGGAGCAGAGAACAAAAUUAUGUAACCUUUCUGUACAAUGCCUAGGUUUUUACAUAAAAACCUAACUCAGCCAAGACACAAAGCAACCUUAUUUUGGGUUUGGGAGGGUUCAGGGGUCUAUAUGUACGUAACAGCAGGACUGUGAAAGGAAUUCCCUUGAGGUCCAUCUCUCUUCAUACCUCCCAAAUGAGUAAGCUGCGGCAGGCACCUCUGUUAGGUGGAGAGGGCCGGUUCAAUGCCAUAAUCUGUCAGUGGUCUGUGCUCAAGAAUAUCAUCGUGAUUCUGCACAAAUUCAGGGAUCUCAACCUCCCUCUUCUUUAUGUCCUCCCAGAGAUUGAGCUGAAAAUGGUACUUACCUUCAUAGGAAACCGCCCCCCAAGAGGUAGCAUGGAUGACCAGGAUAAUACUCAACUCCUAGAAAGUGACCUCAAUGACAUCCAAAUAAUGUCGAGGAACCUUUUCGUUGGCGAAGCAGAGCAAGAACAAUCAAACACUUCAGAUGAUGAAAGAACACCUAUUAGGUACGCAACCCAACUUGAAGAACAGUUUCACAUCUCAGCGGAAGCCAAGCGAAGGCAUUCCAGACAUAAUACUUCACGACCUGAGAGACCCAUGAAAUCUGCUCGGAUGAUCGAGCUGGAAGAAAGAACCAGAGUUUUAGAAAUGGCCAUGGGAAAAAUUCUUUCUCGUCUGAUUCCUAAUGACCCCUUAAUUCCCCUAUUGAAUAAGGGUGAGCAGCUAGCAACAAUAGUUGCAACCCGCAAUUCCCCAGCCUUGAGCAAUGUGGUGAUCCUAACUAGACCAAGAGGAAGUGGGAAGUUAAAUCCAGAACCUAGCUCAUCCAGGCAUAAUGAAGAAUUGCUAAAGAAGAAUGCUAAUCUUGAAAGACAACUUAAAGAUGUACAGAGGUCUAUUGGGGAGCUAAAAAGCCCCAGGUCGCGUCAACAGACGUAUGAUGGCUUAGGUGAUCCAGACGAACAUUUACAUACUUAUCAGGCCAUCAUGAGAAUCCAAAACGCUACUGAUGCUAUGAUGUGCAAAGUUUUUCUUGCAACAUUGAAAUCAACUGCCAGAAGUUGGUAUCACAAGCUCCCUAGACAUUCCAUAACUUCCUAUUCUAAGCUUGCUACAUUGUUUUCAAAUAAGUUUGCGAGUCAAAGGGAAAUUAAACGCACCGCUACCGAGCUGAUGCAGGUUCAUCAAAAGGAGGGAGAAUCUUUAAGGGACCAUAUGCAACGGUUCAACAAGUCCACUCUAGACAUUGAUAAUGUCCCUGACACCAUUUGUAUGUUCGCUUUGUUGCAUGGUCUCAAACUUGGCCGGUUCUUGGACGACCUGCUAGAGAAUCCGCCGAAGUCGUGGAACGAAGUAAAUGACAGUGGCAUGCAUUUAGGAGGCCAAAGUGCUCGAGGUCGUAAAGCUUAUGCUCGCCAGGAUCUUUUGUUCUCCCUAGUGCAAAGAGAAGGUUCAAAUGUGGAAACACAAGAGAACGAUCCUGACUAUGUCCCAUCACAACGGUCGACAAGUGUAGACAAUAUCAACACUCUCAAACCAACCUUGGCUUUUUCAGUCCCACAUUGGAACUUCCGUCCUCGCAGGUUGGCACAUGUAUCACACACUUGGACCCGAGGCUCUACGAGUGCAAAUACUCCCGAGUUAGCAAGUAGAGUCCAAGCCCAGCAUCACUGUAGGGGUGAUGAACCUACACAGGCCAAUUCGGAGGAUAAAACAAUGAUAGCUAACCGCAAGGCGCAAUUAAGUUGCACGCGAGACUCCCUUAAGGAGCGAAAUGAGACUUUGCAAAAGGACAUGGAAACUUUGCGCCAACAGAUGGCAGAGUUGCGCAUGGCACAACAACAGGCAACAGAUGCUCCACAAAUAGCCUCUAUAGAGCAUGUGCGGAGUUACAAGCUAGCAAUGAUGAUUUACAGAGCGUCUGAUGCUUUAUUGUGUAGAGUGUUCCUUUCUACAUUGAAGAAAGCAGCUCAAACCUGGCAGAAGACUGAUGAAAGUUUAAGGGCCUACAUUGCUCGUUUCCAUAAUGAAUCUUUGCAGGUGGAUAAUCUAGAUGAAGGAGUGGCAAUGCAUGCCUUGAUGAAUGGCUUGAAAGAUUGUGAUUUCUUGCACUCUCUAAAUAGAGAAAGACCAAAGAGCCUUAAAGACAUACUUCACAGGUCAAAAGGCUAUAUUCGAGUUGAAGAACGUGCUGUAGCCAAGAAAGGUGGUGAGUCUUUAGAACCUAAUUCAGUUGUAGUAGGAAAUAAAAAGCGAAGGUUUGACAGGUCAAAUGACAUAGCUGAUGUUAGAGGAGAAAAGCGAGGAGUUGUUAGAAAUCUCAAGAAUUAUCUCUUUACAUUGCAAGAGGUGCCAAGGGUGUAUACCACAUUCACACCUUUAAACACCUCAAUGGUGCAUAUACUUACAGUGGCGAAGGAGACAGAACACCUCAAUUGGCCUAAAAAGCUUCGUAGUAAUGGUAACAAGUGUGAUAAGACUCGUCACUGUGCAUUUCAUGGGAUCCAUGGUCACGAUACAAAGGAUUUCCCGCCUUCAGCAACUCUAGCAUCUAUGGCUUUAGCAGUCAAAGGAAGCAAUGAAAGCCAACCUUCAACUCAAACCAUCACUUUCAUUGGGAAGGAUCUAGAUCAAAGGGAGGUGUUCCCACAUGAUCCACUAAUGAUUGAAAUAGUGGUGGAAGAUAGAAAUCUACGAAAGGGCAAGGUAAUGAAACGUGUCUUGGUGGACACAGGGAGUUGCAGAGAUGUGAUGUGUUAUGGAGCAUUCAAAAAGCUAGGAGUAUUUCCACAACUAUUGAGACCUUGUGAUUUUCCAUUGGUAGGCCUUUCUAGAAAAUCCGUGCCUGUAAAAGGUAUUAUCUCUCUCCCUAUUCAUGUUGGUGUUCCCCCUUGUGUGGCUGUUGUUACCUUAGAUUUCUUUGUUAUUGAUGUCCCUUCCCCUUUUAAUGCAAUUUUGGGAUGUCCUAGGCUUAACUCCUUACAAGUGAUGGUCUCUACACAAGCAAUGAUGAUAAAGUUCCCUACGCCAAAUGGAGUUGGAAUGGCAAGAGGGAAGCUUGUUGAAGUAGUGGAGGAAAAAACUUUGACAGUAGACAACCUAGACAUGAGGGAGGAAUUGAAGGAAUGUCGAACUGAGCCAAUUAACCAAGUAAAACCUGUUGUUCUUGAUGAGAAGAGGCCCGAGCGUUUAGUCAACAUUGGUGUAGACAUGGAUUCAAGCUUUAUGGCACGAUUGGAAAAUUGCUUAAGGGAGCAUAAAGACAUUUUUGCAUGGUGUCCAUUAGAUAUGCCAGACUUAAACAAGGUAUGUCCCAAAGACAACUAUCCUUUGCCAAAUAUUGAUGAACUAGUUGAUAAUUCCUCUGGUUAUGUGGUUUUGAGUUUAUGUGAUGCAUACUCUGGGUAUAACCAAAUUCCUAUGGCAAAGGAGGAUAGGGAUAAAACUGCGUUCAUAGCAGUAGGUGCUACUUAUUGUUAUGUUGUCAUGCCCUUCGGUCUAAAAAAUGCAAGAGCUACCUAUCAAAGCAAAAGCUUAGACCAACACAUUGAAGACCUGAAACAAGUCUUCGAGGUACUCAAAACCCAUAACAUGAAGUUGAAUCCUACAAAAUGCACUUUUGGAGUUAAGGCUAGGAAAUUCUUAGGAUUCAUGUUGACAAGUAGGGGCAUUGAAGUCAAUCUUGAGAAGAUUCGUGUAGUGUUGGAGAUGAAACCUCCAUCCUUAAUAAAGGAAGUUCAGAAGCUAAUGGGAAAGGUAGUUGCAUUGAGCAGGGUAGUUCCAGGCGAGAAAUUGUACCAGUAUAUUGCUGUGAGUACCGAGGCAAUCAGUGUUGCAUUGGUUAGGGAAGAUGGAAGCAAGCAGGAGCCUGUGUAUUAUGUUAAAAAAGUGUACUACUUCCUUGGCCAUACGAUAGUUGUUUUAACAAAUUACCCAUUACGGCAGAUCUUGCAGAAACCAGAUUUGGUAGGGAGACUUGUAAGGUGGAGUAUUGAGCUCAUAGAGUUUGAAUUGGAGUUUCAGCCAUGGAGAGUAAUGAAAGCACAAGUAUUGGCAGGUUUCAUAGCAGAGUUAAGUAAGGAGGAAAAGGUUGUAAUGCUGGCACCACCCAUAGAUGUACCAUGUAAGAGGAAAGCUCCAAAGCCAAAGAAACCAACAAAAAACCUACCUUCUAACCUUGUGUGGAACCUAUAUGUUGAUGGGUCUUCUAAUGCAGCAGGAAGUGGAGCAGGAAUAAUCUUAAUCUUUCCAGAGGGAGAAACUUUUGAGUGUGCAUUAAAAUUUAAUUUUGAGGCGUCGAACAAUCGUGUAGAGUGUGAGGCACUUCUUAAGGGAUUGAGACUUGCCAAGGCAGCAAGAGUGGAGUACUUAAGGAUUUAUAGUGAUUCACAACUUAUAGUGAAUCAAGUCAAUGGUGACUUCAUUGCAAUAGAGCAGGUAAUGGCUCAAUAUUUGUCUGUAACUAUGCAAUUUUUACAAUCCUUCCAAGGAUAUGAGUUGAGCCAAGUAAGAAGGUCAGAGAACCUUAAAGCUGAUGCCUUGGCAAAGCUGGCAAGCACAGGACUAGGUGUGUCUGGAGUGGAAGUUUACAUAGAGACACUUUCUUCACCAAGUAUAGAGAUGGAAAAUGCUUUGCCAACACAUGAGGAGCAAAGUUGGAUAGAUCCAAUUCUCACUUUCCUUAAAAGUGGAAUCUUACCAGAAGAUGAAAAAGAAGCUAAAAAAUUACGGAGAAAAGCUGCUUGGUUUGCUUCUGUAGCUUAUCUAGAGUCUAAUGGACAGGUAGAGGUAGAAAAUAAGGCUAUCUUGGAGAGUUUAAAGAAGAAGGUAGGGUCUGCAAAAGGAACUUGGACAGAGGAGUUGCCAUACACUUUAUGGGCGUACAGAACAACAUAUAAGACUCCAACAGGAGAAACUCUGUUCAACUUAACAUAUGGCUCAGAAGCUGUGGUGUCGGUUGAAGUUAAGGUGCCAAAUUACAGAACAAACUACUUUAAUGCCAACUCCAAUGAACAAGCUUUAAGGGAGAAUCUGGAUCUUUUGGAUGAAUCUAGGGAUCUGUCCCAAAUUCGUGUUGCCCAUUACCAUAGGAGAAUGGAGAAGUACUACAACAGUAAAGUUAGACCCAAGGGCUUACACCAAGGAGACUGGGUCUUGCGAAAGGUAGAGGUCAUAGAGCGCAAUUCUUAUGAAGGGAAGUUAUGCCCUAGUUGGGAAGGACCAUAUUUGAUUCAAAAAGACUUGGGUAAUGGAGCUUUUAAACUUGUUAAGCCGAGUGGAACUCCAAUCCCAAGGGCUUGGAAUGCAGCUCAUUUGAAGAAGUAUUAUCAGUAAUUUUUUCUUGUUUUAACAAGGUUGAAUAAAUUUUUUGAAUAAAACCUUUGCCAAUGU